UCAUUUUAUUCGUUGAAAGGGACAAUAGGCUAGAAGGAGUGGGUUUACCUGGCUCACAAAAGCUGUUAUUCGGGUUGCGAGGAAAGAGAAACCAGAAUGAAUAAUGUUACAAGAUGAACUGCUACAUGCGAAGCUGUGUGCAGCAGUACCUGAGGCUGAGCAAUAUAGUCUUGCUCGCGGGCAGUUUAGAAAUGGGCUAGAACUCGCAAACUGAUGAGCCCACGUUGAUGCUACGCGGACCAGAAAUCAACAAAGGAGAAAAAACUGCAGAAUAUUGUAAAGGAUGCGUAAAGCAUAAAACGGGUCAAGAAGCCGAAGUGGACUGCAUACUGAAAAGCAUUAAAUGGCUUGAUUAAAACCGGAUGGUCGGCGUGAAAGCGACUGCGAGUUGCAGGAAAGAGGAGGGGAAUCUCGCCCUCUCUGAAAAAUAAAUGAAUAUUAUGUAUAAUUUAGUUGUAAACUGCCGUCGUGAAUUUCCGUUGCUCCAGUAUUUCAUUUUUAAAAAAUUGCGGAUGACAUCUAAGACAUGUCGGAAAUAGUGCCCCCAGAAGUGAGACCCAAACCGGCGGUCCCAGCCAAACCUCCGCACGUCGGCCAGCCGCCCAGCUCGCAGGGAUCAGGGGUGGGAGGUCAAGGGUCUGGCGGUGGUUCGGCCUUGUUGGGAUACAUUGGGAUCGACACCAUUAUUGAACAAAUGAGGAAGAAGACCAUGAAGACUGGGUUCGACUUUAACAUCAUGAUAGUAGGUCCCGGUGGGCUGGGGAAGUCCACCCUGGUGAACACGCUGUUCAAGUCUCAGGUGAGCAGGAAGAGCACCGGAUGGAGCCGCGAUGAGAAGAUCCCCAAGACUGUGGAGAUCAGGAGUGUGUCCCACGUGAUCGAGGAAGGAGGAGUGAAGAUGAAGUUGACUGUAAUUGACACUCCCGGCUUUGGAGACCAGAUCAACAAUGAAAACUGCUGGGAGCCGAUUUCAAAGUACAUCAACGAGCAGUACGAGAAGUUCCUGAAGGAGGAGGUGAACAUAGCGCGCAAGAAGAGGAUCCCCGACACCCGCGUACACUGCUGCCUGUACUUCAUCUCUCCUACCGGCCACUCGUUGCGGCAGUUGGACAUUGAGUUCAUGAAGCACCUGAGCCGUGUGGUCAACAUCAUCCCUGUCAUCGCCAAGGCUGACACACUGACACCGGAGGAGAAGAUCGAGUUCAAGCAGAGGGUGAGGAAGGAAUUAGAGAUGUGUGGCGUAGAGUUUUACCCUCAGAAGGAGUUUGACGAAGACAUGGAGGACAAGAGCGACAAUGACAAGAUUAGGGAGGCCAUGCCCUUUGCAGUAGUGGGCAGUGACAAAGAGUACCAGGUGAACGGCAAGCGGGUUCUGGGGAGAAAGACCCCCUGGGGAGUGGUUGAAGUUGAAAACCCAAAUCACUGCGAAUUCGCUCAACUACGAGAUUUCCUGAUCAGGUCCCACCUGCAGGACCUGAAGGAGGUCACGCACAACAUCCACUACGAGACGUACCGCGCCAAGAGGCUCAACGACAACGGCGGCCUGCACCCCAUCCCCACCUCGGCCGCCAACGACACGCAGGAGAGCAACCUGUGA